GCCUCCCAUGGCGCCUCCCCCUCCCCCGAUCCUCGCAGACCGGAAGCCUCUGACAAAAUCGCAGGAGGAGAAGUUGGCGCAGCUCCGCAACCGGGCGCGCAAACGCCCCGACUACUCGUUCCUAAUGAAGGAGAUUGAGGGCGGCAAGCGGCUCAAGAAGGUCGUGUGCAACGACCGGUCGCAGCCACUGCUGCCCAGCUCCAAGACCAAGGGCCAGUUCCUGUACGACUCUGAGAAGUCCACCGUGCACAACCAGCUGCUCAAACAGAUCGAGACCGGCGUCAGACUGAAGCGGGUCAAGUGUAACGACAGGAGCAGACCUGUGCUCGAUGGGCUGCGGAAGUUCCGGCGGCAGAUGACGAUCGAGGAGCAGCUCCAGAAGACGGCUUCGGUCGCCAACAUGGUGGGCGCCGCGCCCGAGGAGAUCGACGACGAGCCGGACGAGCUGGACGACAUCGACCGCGUGCGCGACGACCUGCAGUCCACCAAGCAGAUGCUGGCGCUCGAGCUGCGCAACAAGGAGGCCCUGGAGCGGGAGAACAAGCGGCUGCUCGCGCGGCUGCUCAACCUGGAGGCCGAGCUGGAGGCGGAGCGCAACCGGCCGAGCGGCGGCGGCGGCGCUGCCCAGGGCCCGGCGCCCGACACUGAUGGCCUCGUGGCCAAGCUCAAGGAGGAGAACGAGGCCCAGCAGAAGGUGUCCAAGGAGAUGGAGGGCCGCUACCACAAGGCGGCCGAGGAGCUGGACGCCACCAAGGCCCAGCUGCAGGAGGCGCUGUUCCAGAAGAAGCAGGCCGAGAAGCAGCUCAAGGAGAUCGAGGACGGACUCGUGGAGGGCGGGCGGGCGCUGCAGAAGCAGCUCUCAAAGAAGCUGAUCUCGUCCAAGUCGGGCGACAUCCGGAAACAGAUGUCGCAGGCGCGGCUGAACGAGAUGCGCAAGCAGUCCAUCCCGGUGCCGGAGGGCGAGGAGGAGAGUGAGUCCGAGUAUACAGAUGAGACCGUCACCGACUCGAGUGAGGAGGAGAAGGAGGAGGACCUGUCCAACGACCCGGAGGCCCAGGAGCGGAGGGUGCAGCGCGAGCUCAAGCUGCUCGCCACCAAGCUCAAGGCCUUCAAGGACAAGGAGGCGUCGGCGCGACGCGAGCGCGUGGCUCUGCGGGAGCAGCUCAAGCUGCAGCAGAAGGCCCUCCGCGAGGAGCGAGCCAAGUACAAGGUAAGUCCACUACUGCAGCGCUUCCAAACAGACUCACAUUUUUUUCUUUCACAAAAAGCGGAUAAAAAAAUAUUUUUUGAGCUUAGUCCGAGUCUCUGACCUACAGGGCAUCUCCCUUUC